AUGGAGUCUUACAUGAAUCUUCUACGCCGAGCCGGUUGGUUUGUGUACGUCGAUACGGCUGGAAAAGGCACCUAUGCCAGCAUCAUCGACACGGGCGACUACACCAAGCACCCAGAGUUUGAGGGUCAAGCCACGUGGAAAGCAAUUCCGUUGAAGGAGAUAGCAGAGAGGGUGAGUGGCAAUGGCUACGGCACACACAUCGCUGGCACCAUGGGCUCUGUCACAUACGGUAUCGGCAAAGUUGUCGCCAACAUGUCCCUCGGCAUCCUCCGUCUCUUCGCGCAGUCCGUCAACGACGCAGCCGCCGCAGCUGCUGAAGCUAGACUGUUCAUGGCGGUAGCAGCAGGCAAUGAUGGGCCACCGGCCAUCCUAAGCUCUCCCAUUUUGGAGCCAUCAGUUUGCACCGCUGGCGCAACAGACUCGGAAGGCAACAAGACAUCCUUCUCCAACUGA